AUGGCAGGUAACAACAGGAACGAGCGUACACCGUUGCUGGAUGGUGAUGCACCAACAACUGAUCAUGCUGAGUCGCGCGAGUCGACUAGCACCCGUAUCAAGCGCUUCUUGCUACGUAAUGGUGUCUAUUUGAUCAUCAUACUUUGCCUCCUACUCGUCCUCAUCCCAUUAAUUAUUCAGAGCGUUCGUAACAGUUCUGUACGCCAUGACCCUCACGAUCACAACAAGAAACACCACCACGAUAAGGAACCUUCGGAUCCAUCAAAGAAUGAGACCGAGCUUUGCACGUCUGCUGCAUGUGUGCUCGCAUCUGCAAAUAUCCUCCGUAGUCUUGCACCAAGCUACGAGAAGCUGGAUCCUUGCGAUGACUUCCGCACGUAUGUCUGCUCUGGAUUCGAUGCUAGCCACGAGAUUCGAGAGGAUCAAGCUGGCGUCGGCAACCUUCAGAUCAUGAACGAGGAUAACCAGCUCAUUUUGAAGCAUAUCUUGGAAUCACCCGCUCCAAAAGAUACUUCGCUUUUCUGGACUGCAGCGAACCCGGACCAGGAGAUUUUCACCAAAUUGCAGGACGGAUACAACGCAUGUAUGAAUGAGACAUUGCUCGCUUCCAUUGGAUCAAAGCCUCUGCUGGAUCUUCUUUGGCAACUCGAUGGCAUCUAUCCUGAGAAAUCAAAGUCAAGCAAGAAGGACGAAUCACUGACCAAGGCGGUUGAGUAUCUCAUGUCAAUUGGCGUUGCAGGCCCCGUCUCUGUUGAUGUUGGUGCCGAUGAUAAGGAUCCUGAUGUCAAUGUCAUCUCUGUUGGUGCUCCUUGGUCAUUUGGAUUGCCUAGCAAACAAUACUACGAACGUGCAGAGAUUGUUGCAUCGUACAAAGAGACCAUCGGAACUGUUCUGGAAGCUCUUCUCAAGGAGGCCAAGCCCGGUGCACUCUCCUUCAUGUCUGAUGAAGACAACGACUCUUCGGCGCUGAGCAAGGAUCUUGUCGACAGCCUAGUAGCUCUCGAAAAGUCUAUGGCCAACGCUGCUCCGGACCCAGAGGAUGCUGCCGAUGUUACAAAGUACUACAACCCACGUACAUUGAAAGAGACUGAAGCCUAUAACUCAGAGAUAUCCAUAACUCACAUCCUUGACACAUUUGCACCUAGCUACACACCCUCGAAGAUAAUUGUUGGCUCACCAUCCUAUCUGAAGGAUCUUUCUCAGAUCCUUAAGUCGUCUUCAAGAAAGACCAUCAAGACUUAUCUGGUCUGGAAGGUAGUCCAAUCUUGGGCUGGAGCUGUUGAGGACCCUGCUGUCCAGCCUCUUUUGCGCUUCAGGAAUAAACUGCAAGGCAAAGCUCCUGACGUUAAGCAAGAGCGCUGGAGAACAUGCGUGAGUUCGGUCGGUAGCGAUCUUGAAUGGAUCAUGAGUCGUUUCUUUGUGGAGCGCGCGUUCUCCAAGGAGGCGAAAGACCUAGGUGAUCAGAUCAUCCUUGACAUCAAGGAUGAAUUCACCAUCAAGCUCAACGAAUCUGAAUGGAUGACCGAAAGCGUUCGUCAGCUGGCAAUCGAAAAGGUCCAUCUUAUCCGCCAGAAGAUCGGAUAUCCUACCCAAAGCCCUGACAUCACCAACGCGGGAGAAUUGCAACACUAUUACAGCAACAUCAGUAUCGCCGCGACAACAUACUUUGCGAACAAGCUAUCGGUUGUCAAACACGAUGUCCGCGAAAGCUGGUCGCAAGCCGGGAAACCAGUCGAUAAGGACGAAUGGGGCAUGAGUGCUCAGACGGUCAAUGCCUAUUAUAAUCCUCCUGGCAACGAAAUCGUGUUCCCAGCAGGAAUUAUGCAGGCUCCAGUCUUCUAUGACCCCUCUAUACCCAGAUAUCUCUCUUACGGCGCGUUUGGUGCCGUUGCUGGUCACGAGCUGUCUCAUGCUUUUGACUCAUCCGGCAGGAACUACGACCAGAACGGCAACUACACCGAUUGGUGGGAUAAACCCACCAUCGAGGCUUUCAAGACCAAAACCGAUUGCUUUGUCGAGCAAUACCACAACUACACUGUCCCCACCAAAAACGGCCGUCUACCGAUCAACGGAAAGCUUACACUGGGCGAGAACAUUGCUGAUGCCGGUGGCCUUACCGCCGCUUAUCAGUCUUGGAAACGACGCGAUGAUGAGAAGGCAGAUCUCAUGCUACCUGGCCUUGACCACUUCACGAAGGAGCAAAUUUUCUUCCUCGCUUACGGACAGACUUGGUGCGGCAAGAUGAGGGAGGAGCAAAUCGUGCAGAGAAUCUACACAGAUCCCCACAGCCCUGACAUGUUCAGAAUCAAGGGUACCACAGCCAACUCGCGCGAAUUCAGAGAAGCCUUCGACUGUCCUGUCAAGGCACCUACUUGUGAGCUCUGGUAA